CCACUGCAACCACCUAACCCCGGCCAUGCAUCUCCGGCCGGCAUGGACGGACCACUACCUAGCUCCAUACCACUCUUGACUACUACUGUACAUACUAGUAGCUCUCCCAAGCCCUGGAGCUCUAUAUAUAUGCACGCCUCGCCCUUCAACCUCCCUCCCCCCUGACACACUUGGGCUCACACACAGUUCAUUCACACACUCCUACGACUACGCUUGGAGCUCAGCUGGCCGGCAGCGGGCAGCCAUGAAGAAGAAGGCGACGGCGAGGCGGCAGCGCAUCCCGGCGUUUGGGGAGUGGAACUACGCCUACGUCGGCGCCGGCGACUGGCCGGUCACCCAGUACUUCGACUCCGCCAUGCAGGCCGGACGACUCGUCAUGGCGAUACCACCGCCGUCGCCGCCCAAGCCUGCAGCCAACAAGGUGGUGAAGUGGAGGGAAAGUAGUGGCACACUUGAGCUGGAGGACGAGGACGAGGACGAGGACGAGAAGCAGCGGCAGCAGCAUGUGGUGGCAGUGGGGCACGGUGGCGCGGUGAAGAAGCAGGGGAAGCAGCAGCAGCAGCAGCAGAGCCCGGUGGCCCACGCCUACAGCAAGGCAUGCCGGCGGGUAGGGGCGGCCGCGGCGGUGGUGAAGGCCAUGGACCAGGACCUCUACCACAUCCCGCCCGACAUGCUCUGCCAUGAGCCCAGGAAACGGGUGACGAGGAGGAGCCUGUGGAUGGGCUGCCUGGGUCUCGACUGCGUGGCCUAGGGAUCCACCACCAUGCCGAUGAGGGAUGACUGCUCAUCAUGCGUCGCGCGCGCCUGCCUUGUUUUGCGUGUGCCUCCCCCGUCCCGUCCACCGUCCUGUAAAGACACUUCAUCACUCGUCGAUCCCGUAGCAGAAAACCAUGUCCAUCAUGGUGUCACACUCGUCUGUCUCUCUGUUUUUUUUUUCUUUUUUUUGGGUACGCCGGCGUGGAGUAGUAGCUAGACAGGCAGCUGACGGAUGCGACCUUGAUGUGGCCGUGCCUGCCUGCCUCUGACGCCCCGUUCCGGCCGGCAACGUCAUUUCCCCGUGCCGGAGACCACUCGAGCGCUGCUUUUCUGAUUUCCAUGUCGUCGUCGUCCGUGCCGUUGGCGAGGAGGGAGCUGCUGUACGGCCCCGGUGAACCCGGCGGAAAAGGGUGUGCGUUUGUGGGGAGAAGGGUUGAUGACAUGACAUCAUGGCCUUGUAUUACUUCACGCCAACUCUGAAAUAGUUUUCUGAAAGAAAAGGUGCUCCAAAAAGCCUUGUUCUAUGGGUGUCGCGCGCUGUGUUUGGCGAGUUGCUUGUCUCCAGGGAGACGGCCUUGUUGUGUUAUUAGUAGCUGUUGUGUUACCGUGAUAAGAUUCCAUCUCCUAUGGGGAUUUG